UUUAUCGACAGGAGCAGUAGGUUUCCUCUCCAGCUUGGGCUCUGGUAGACAACACUCGCUCUCUGCUUGCGGAUAAUCCACACUCAUUUUACGCACUUUUAUUAUUGCUCUUUUAUAAAGGAUUCACAAUAUUCACAUUUACAAUCUGUGACUAUGUUACUAAUCGCCCUUACCGCGUUGUCCGCGGUGCUACUUGUGUGUGAUGGGGUGCCAACGCCUACGAACGCCAAAGAUGGCGGUCCAAUUGGUGAACUACCAGAAAAUUGGGACCAAACAAAAGACGACACACAAUCGUUAUUCCUGAACAAGAGUGACAAAAACGAUCUGGAGCCGUAUCCACUAGCUCUCAGUGAAGAAGGUAAUGUAGAAGGUUAUGAGCAAGGAGUAGAACAACGAUUCGACUCGCCACAGUCCACUGGAGAACUAGACAAUCUGAUCAUGAGGCCCGAAUUAUAUGGUGAGCCUCCAGCAAUGGAAGGCUUGUCGUCAGGGUACGACUCCCGACGACGCAAACGUGGCAGUGGCACUAAAGUGGGAGGAGCAGGCGCUGCCACCAAAGUUGCCACCAAGUCAGGCUCAGGAAAGAAAAAUCUAAAGUCCGAGGAACAUGACGCUCUCUCUCCUUUAGACUCAGCAUCACAUGAUCAAGAUGCUCAUCGCCGCAAACGUGGCAGUGGAACUAAAGUAGGCGGAGCGGCGGCUUCCGCAAAAACAGCUACCAAAAACUCCGGCGGAAAUAAGAAAAACUUCAGGCCCAUUUCGGAACGCCGCAAACGUGACUCUGGCCUUAGUGCGGCUGAUGUUCGAGCUCUACUAAAUUUAUGGGAAGCACAAGAACGUAGAAAGCAGGAAUGGAAUGCCAACCAAUGGGCUGCCGAUCGCUACUACGGACGUGUGAACACAGUUGAAGAUGAACAGCCUGAAGUGGAUGAGAAUGGUGACAUUUGGUAUAAUGAACCAGUUGUAAUUAGCCCACGAGAGCGAGAGUAUCCUCAUCAUUCAUACUUUUCAGAACAGAACCGUAUGGCUAUGACUCACGGCUACCCAGACAUGUACCAAGUAGACCCGUCUGAACUUGCACAGCGGUACGAGGAAGCACGUCGCAAAAGGCAAUACGCAAAUAAAGUGAAACGCUUCAUGGUAGCACGGAAGCGUUCUGAUAAUAUGAUGCAUCAAAACAAUUACAGACCCCGGGAUGAUCUGUAUACUCUUGCAGAACUUCUUCGCUCUGCGCCAAGAAUCCAAGAACAGGAGAUUCCAGUUUACCGGCGACUGAUACUUUAAAGCAGUCUUGUGGAGGAAGGUGUCCAUUCGAAAGAUCCUGUGAGUCGGAUUAUCAAAAAAGAAUGAAUACAGGUCCUACGAUUAGCAUGUCUUAAAUCUGGAAAAACAAUUCGUCAUUCAGGAUAUGUGUUGCCCGAAGGGCAAUAUGGCAUAAUUUGGGGCGGGAGAUUGUCGCGCAUUUAAUUCGCAGUGUGUAGCGGAUACCUACCAAUUUAGUAAUAGACAAGAUCGUAUUAUUAAUGCCAUUUUAUUAUAUAAAUAUGUAUUAUUUUAUUUGUUGAAUAUAAAUGGCCUACAUUCAAUUCCUUUUAUUUAAAAUUCGAAUUUUCUUUUAAGUAUAAAAUUACGAAAAUAAUUGUGUAAUAUUUCUGUUUUACUUAGUAUCAUUCUAUUGUUGCAUAUCUGUGAAACAUUAUAGAGUACUAAAUUUUUAAAUUACCUAUAAUCAAAUUUAAUUAGAUAGAUAUAUGUCUAGUUUCUUCGAAUAUUAAUAGUCUGAUGUGAAGUUAAACUUCACAUUUCAUUUAAUAUAUUUAGUGUUAGAUUUUAUGUGUAAAUGGUAAACUGCUGUAUUAAACUAGUAUUAUCUUAUAAA